AUGAACUGGUGUAACCAGAAUAUACACAAUAUUCCAAAUGUGGUAGCCCUGAUUCUUUACUUGUUACAGCCUCGCAAAAUUGAAGAAAUCAAAGACUUCCUAUUGACAGCCAGGAGAAAAGAUGCAAAAUCUGUCAAGAUUAAGAAAAACAAGGAUAAUGUGAAAUUCAAGGUGCGAUGCAGCCGGUAUCUGUAUACACUCGUCAUCACAGACAAGGAAAAGGCUGAAAAGUUGAAGCAGUCUCUGCCACCAGGUUUGGCUGUGAAGGAGCUGAAGUGAAUCUUGGUUAUGCCUUCAACUUGUAAUAAAGGAAUUAAUUGUU